AUGGAAAUAUUAUCUAGUACCAACAUAUUCGGUAAAUGCUACGGCGCUCUCGUGGCGUUAUUGCAGUCGGCCAUCAACCUGGAGCUCCAGGGCUUAAACAUCACCACUGCAUCGCAGAUGGAUCCUUUCUACAAGGCAAUAGAGAGAGAUAUUGAAAACAAGGAUGAGGAGAGAGCCAAGCCCUUCGUCCUGAGCAGUCCUGACACGGUAGCGUCCUACAUAUUGGAGGUCAUGCAUGAUACCUUCAUAAACGCUAUAUGA